AUGAGUCGAUCGAAUGUUAAUCUAUUGGAUUUACCUGACGAGAUAUUACUUAUUAUAUUGAAAAAACUGAACAAUAUAGAUGUUCUUUAUUCAUUUAUCGACGUUAAUAAUGAACAUUUGAACAGUGUAGCACAAGAAAAAAUCUUCAGUGAUACUCUUAAUUUUGUAUCCAUCGAUAAUGUUUCUGCAAUUGAUCAAGAGAAACUUGAUCGAUUUUGCCAGGAUAUAUUACCAAAAAUUCAUGAAAAUGUCAAAUGUUUUAUUCUUGAACCAAUUUCAAUGGAAUAUAUUCUUCUUGCUGCUGAUUAUCGAAAUCUAACUGAACUUCAACUAUUUAAUUUCACGCAAGAAGUCGCUUUAAAUUAUUUUACAAAUGAAUCAUCUAUUCGAUAUAUCUUUCAAGAAAAAAUUACAAAUCUUAUUAUUGCAAAUAAUGAUAAACGCAAAUGGAAUGGAUCAUUGGAAAACUAUAGUAGAAAUGUAUAUGAACAGAUCUUGAAAUUCUUCAAAAAUUUAAAAUAUUUGAGUAUUAUUGAAACAUUCAAUCCUUUAUAUCCACCUUUAUCAUUGUGUGAUUUACCAUCAACUAUUUUUUUCUCUUCAACUCUUACUCAUUUAUGUAUCAAAGUACACACAUUAGAUGAUUGUCUUUAUUUACUUGAUGGUCGACUCAAACAAUUAACUACAUGUAUUAUUCGAAUAUCUGACAGAAGCAAGUCUUCAUCAAUCGUUCAUAAUAUGGAUGAUUUACCUAAUUUGAAAUGUUUUUCAUUGAAAUGUUAUCCUCGAAUUAAUAAUUAUGAUGAGAAAAUUCUACCUCUUCUUCAUCGUAUGAAAUAUCUGGAAACAUUAACUUUAUAUCUUCAUAUAAAAAAUCGAAAUAGAUUUAUCGAUAAUUCUCAUCUUCAAAAUGAAAUUCUUCUUUAUAUGCCAUGCCUUCAUUCAUUUACUUUUUAUAUUAGUACCUCUGAUGAUACUAAUGAUUUAUUUCGUUAUGUGCCUAGUCAAGAUAUUCAACGAAUUGCUACAAAUAGUGGACACGAACAAUGUAUGGCUAAUAUCAUAAAAUAUAAUAGUAAUCGUCAAGCUGUAUGUUCUAUAUUUUCACUUCCUUUUCUAUUUGAUUGUCUUCAAGAUAUUGGUAACAUAUUUCCAGAUACUGUAUUCAAAUAUGUUACGAAAUUGUGGAUAGUAGAUGUAAUGUCAUUCAAUCAUGAAUUCUUUAUUCGGAUUUCCCAAUCUUUUCCAUUACUGGAUAAACUUCAUGUUACAAGUUCUAAAUUACAGUUGUCGUAUAAUAUGGACGCAUUUUCAUCUGACAAUAGUCAAUCAUAUUCAAUCGUCAAAUAUCCUCAUCUUACUGCACUUCACGUGAUGAAUGCAAAUAUUGACAAUAUUGAAGAAUUUCUAAAUGAAACAAAAGCGUACGUACCAUGUCUAACUGUAUUAAUAAUUAAUUAUAAAGAUUUGAAACUUGUCACAAAAAACUUUACAAGAGAAGAAACACGACGCAAUUCUGAUGCUGAGUGUGAACGACAGACAUCUAUUUAUUCUCCCGUAUUCUAUUCAUCAUCGAACGGUUAUAAAAUGCGACUUCGUCUUUAUCUGGCUGGUGAUGGCAAUGCUAGGCGCACUCAUAUAUCUCUUUUCUUUGUACUCAUGCGUGGAGAGUACGAUGCUAUCCUUCAUUUUCCGUUCAGUUUCAAGGUAACAUUUAUUCUUCUGGACCAAACAUUUCAACAACGACAUAUUAUCGAUUCAUUUCGACCUGAUGUAAAGUCAAGUAGUUUUCAAAGGCCUCGUUCAGAUAUGAACAUUGCUUCUGGUAUACCUAAAUUUGUGCCUCUCACAAUAAUCCAACAAAAUAAUAAUCCAUAUAUUGUUGAUGAUACUAUGUUUAUCAAAGCCAUAAUUGAUUUUGGCGAUAUGCCGAAGCAAUUUUUACCAUACGCAUUAAAUCUCAAUCCAGGUUUUCCAAUUCUAACUCAACGAGAAUUGGUCAGACGAGAAAUUUCAAAGCGAGAACAAGAAAAAUUAUCAAUUACAAGUAAUACAUCAACGUCGAUUACAGAUGACAUGACAACCGACGACAAUCACAGUAAUAAUGAACAGAUGAUACAUUGA